AGAAAAAGAAAAAACCUCCAGAAAAAAAAUUAAAGCUUUUAAAGGAAUCAAAUUCAUUGAAUUUUUCAGUCAAAAUAUAUAUAAAUUAACCAGCUUGACUAGGAUGAAUAACAACAAGACUUGGCUUCUUGUCCUCUUUUCUCCUUCCUUAAACCAACAUUUACUUCAGUUGUUCCUCUCAAAAUCUGAUCAGCUAUCACCAAUCUGUACAGAAUGAACGGAGUUGCUUAUUGUUCAGUGUGAGUCACAUUGUGAUGUUUCUCCAGAAAAGAUUAGGGAAAGCUUAUGCAUCAUAGUAGAGUUCCUGUAAUGGAGAUCAAUAAAGCUUAUGAUGCUGAACAAAUGCGCUCGGCGCAGAAUAUUCGGCAUGAGUUGUGGCCUCUUGAUGACAUUGAUACAAAGAAGGGAAAGUUCCCCUGUUGUUUGGUUUGGACUCCACUCCCUGUCGUCUCUUGGUUGGCACCUUUCAUUGGACAUGUUGGCAUUUGCAGAGAGGAUGGUGCUAUUUUAGAUUUUGCAGGCUCCAAUUUUGUGAAUGUGGAUGAUUUUGCAUUUGGUGCUGUUGCUAGAUAUCUUCAACUUGAUAGAAAACAGUGCUGUUUUACUCCAAAUCUGGGUGGCCAUACUUGCAAGCAUGGCUACAAGCAUGCAGAGUUUGGGACUGCAAUCACCUGGGACGAUGCCUUGCAAUCGAGCACGCGCUACAUUGAGCACAAAACCUACAACCUUUUUACUUGCAACUGCCACUCAUUUGUAGCAAACUUUCUGAAUCGGAUAUGCUAUGGUGGAUCAAUGCAUUGGAACAUGGUAAAUGUGGCGGCUUUAGUACUGCUAAAGGGGCACUGGGUUGAUGUCUUGUCUGUCUUGAAGUCAUUCCUCCCUUUUUUACUUGUGCUCUCUGUUGGUGUUUUCAUGGUUGGGUGGCCAUUUGCAGUGGCGCUUUUCUCCUUCUCUUCUCUCCUUUUGCUGUGGUUUGUACUUGGCUCUUAUUGUUUUAAGAACUUGUUAGAGUGCUAGUUCCUACAAUGUUGGAUUCAUUCAACUCAAAAGAAAUGUAUAUGACAGAUGAAUUAGACAUUGGCUUUGGACUAUUUCUAGUUAUGAUUAUGAACUUUGGUUUGGA